AGACGCUGCAGUUUCAGGUAUAUGCAGUCAUGAAGAUGCAAAUUGCGUUAGUGUUGAGUUUCGCGCUUUUUUCAGCAGCUCUUGGAUGGACAAGCAGAGAACAAGUUGAAGUGGACCCCGAAAAGUGUGUGAGUUCAGAUCCAAAUGUAGGAACCUUAAAAGUUGGUAUAAGUACAUUACCAGACAGUUGCGUUAGGGCAACCUGCAGGCCUGGCAUGAUCGACCUCGCUGGGUGCGGAGUUGGGUCAGUGGGCAAGCCCUGCUACAUGAGCGGAGAAGAUCUGAGCAAACCAUAUCCAGAGUGCUGCCCUCGACCUGUUUGUCCAGCGUAGAGUAAAAGCUGGAUAUACCAAAUAUGUGACAUAAUGUGUAGGUAUGCUUUUAGUUGUAUUGUAUUACAGUUAAAUUUAACUGUUAUGACAAAUUAAAGACAAAGAAAAUGUAAAAAAACUGUAGAAUUAAGGGUACUUACUAUUAACAUCCGUUGCGGACGUCGGGUCUGUGUCAAUCGCAAGUUACACUGUUCAAACCAAGAGGGAGGAACACUGCUUGAAA